AAAAUACCUAUCGUGUUUUAUCAGGAUAAAGCAUUUGAAGUUGAACUGUUUUAGAUAUGAAGUAUGACAUUUAACUCUGCUAUAUAACUUUGCCAAAGCUUUUUUCGAAAACAGUGUUAAACUGGUCUCCAUGUUAGUACAGAAAAAAAGUUAUAUGUGAAUUGAACUUUGGAUCGAAUUUCGGUCUUUUUAAUACUGCAGCGUACAACUUAACGAUACAAUAUAGAGAUUAUUUAAUUUCUUAGUUUACACGAUGGAGAAAAAAUACAAGAACGAUAGCUACUUCGGGCAAAUCUCAAAAGAAAUUGCGUCUGCAAUUAAAUAUACAGACAUAGAGAGUAAAACAUGCAGACAAGAAUUGGGCAUGCAGGAUUUCGGUAUAUGGGACAUUCAAUUGUCAUCAUCGUCAUGGCAACCGUUCUACGAACCAAAAUAUGCACGCCCUCAGUUAUCCGGCUGGUGCGCUGGUAGUACAGAUGCAGAACCAUUUAUACAGGUUGAUUUUGUCCACAUGACGUCAGUUGAUGGUAUUAUUUUGAUAAACUGGUAUAAACUCGUCGAUUUACUAUACAAUAAUACUUACAAGAGGGAGAUGGUUGCUAUGGGGUCAUUUUCAUUUCAUAUCAGCUAUGGUUUUGAUUUGCAAAAAUUACAAAGGACCAGGAUGUAUACCUACGACAGUUCACGCAAAUUAGGAGAACCACAAACAUUCAUUUUUAACGAUCCAUUUCUUGCGAAGUACCUCAGAAUAUACCCGAGACCUUUCCUUGGUUCUAAUGUUUCGUGUUUGAAGUUUGAAAUUCUUGGCUGCAGAAACCUAGGUAAUUAUUUAUUCUUUCAAUACUGUUUCCCAUUUCAAAAUCUGUUGUUGGUACUUCAGCUUUGUAAAUAGAUUCCGCAAGGAAAUCAUUUGAAAUAAGAACAAAAGACCCCAGGUUCGAUUGAGUCUGUUCAUAGGAAGUAAGUACAUGCUUCUGCUUC